GUGGGUGAAAGGCUUUCCUUUUUAUUUUAUUCGCUUUAUUUGCUUUUUAUGAUAGGGUCUUUCAUUCUUGCCAACUUCUGCUUCGGUACAGUGUAAAUGCAUCAUUCCUACCACCACGCUGAUUUUCACGCCCAGAGAACGGGGAAGUAGCGACCCGCAAAAUAACAACGAACGAACGACUUCUUGUCAGGAAUCGAAUGACUAGCUCUCAGAGAGGCCUGCGAAGGAGUCCAUUACGAGGACGACAUCCUUAUUGUGUGAAACAAGCUCGGCGGCUCCAUCCGCGAAGCCAUGGUCUAGUGGCGUGGCAUCAGAGGGCGGAGGGGUAGGGGGAAGGCUGAUAGCGGGGUAGGCGUGGUUGACGAGCGAGUCAACAACGUCUUCGAAGAUGUCGAGCUGGGAUGUGCCAGACGCCAGGGGCCAGAACGUAUGUGAUAGGUGUUUCAUACCGCACCAUUACUAUCGUUUUCAUGCAGCAAAAAUUGGGAGGCAGCAAACUAUGCAGAGAAACACAUACAACACGACGUCUGUCUCGCUCUGGAGCCUGCUAUAGGCAGAGGUGCCAAGUCACCGUGCUGAAGCGCUUACAACCUUGUAAUAUUCUCAGGCCAACGACUCCCUAGAGGCAACAUCCUCAAUUGCGUUGUGAUCCCAAACGACUCAAUGGAGUUGCUAGCCCUUUUUUGUGGAUGAACAGCAACCAAAGCUGAUACGACGUCCAGUAAAGUUGCGGUGUUUGAGUGCAUAUAUGAACUGCAUAUUAAGCGCCCACGACACAUUACUCCCUUGGCGUUUGCAAUAGGCUUCAAAUAUACUGUUAAAUUGGGCCCUAAUAGCCAUACCUUGGAUAUCAACAGAAAAGCUCUGCAAUACAACUAUGCUUUCUAUGUCAGCAUGUCUACAGCCAUUGUUCCAAGCGGUGGCAGCGACAACUCAAAUGUCUUCACUCAACAAGGCACAGUCGAUUGGACAUUAUUAUCAGGGUCAACCGUGAACUUCACUAUUGAAAUCCUUGCGCGGUUGUCGAAGGCUGGCGUUGAACCGAUUACAGCUGCGAUGGGCCAGGCAAUUUUUGCUGGGUUCAAUCUUGACCCAGAUGGACAAAUAAGAUUCUCUAGUACUAUAUCACGCUUGAAAGCAUUUUCGUCGUAUGGAAAUGUUAUGUGGUUUGGAUUUGGAGUGAAGCACAUUAUCCGCACAUUGUCCGAGACGGAGCAAGGCGCAACAUGUGCUGCCAUCUGUGCUUGUCUAUCGGUCUCAUACGACAAGUUCUUUUGCAGCAAAGUUCUAAAGGCUCUUGCCGACCAACAAAAAGCCCCGAACACUUUAGUGCCAUCUCUUUCUCAAUGGGCGGCUCUCGCCAACAUAUGUGCUGGGGCGGUAUCAGGCUCACGAUUCCCUCAGUUAGUAGAAGUAUAUUCACGCAUAAUGCAGUCAUAUGAUGGCGAUAGCAGAAAUGCAUUACAAGAGACAACAUCUCCUGACAAACUUGCAAGAGCUAUUUUAGAGCUUGGAAAGGUUUCCUCUGGAACUGUUCAAAGUGUCACAUUUAUUGGCGGUGUAGAUUGCGGCUGGCUUGCGGCUCUUGCACAAUGGCUUCUAUCUCUUAAGGUGGAUAUUGUGGCCGCGGAUGGCUCAGUCUUAUACUCUAGUAGGACAUCGGUUGACCCGUCCUAUUAUCCCCAGGUCUCAAUUGUGCAGGGAUUGGGCCAUAAUGGCCGGGGCAGUUCAACACUCUUUAAGAGAUCUGUUUUCGUUAUGCCAGGGAAACUGUUUUUUGGUGCCAAAUGGGAUUUAGUCGACCGCCAACGACAUUUUUUCUCGGCGGGGAGAUCGGAAUGGCGAACCAUUUUGCAUGAUACAUUUGGUGCGGAUUUUGAUACACUUCUACAUCCGGAGAUAAUACAGGAUUUUGCGGAGCUUCUCUGUUGCGGAUUUUCUGUUUCUGAUUCAGAUAACGGCCAGCGCCAUGUCGAUCCCUGGAGAGGCCUUUCUACGACCAGUACAGAGAGUCGACUCCUGCAACUUUCUUUUGCCGCACAACGCUUGCCUGAGCUUAUACCCGUAUGUCAGAUUGCAAAACAGAAAGUCUAUUUUCAAGAGAGAAGUUAUGGCGAACAUAAUACCUUUCCAAGAGUACUUGCGCGCCACUGCUCGUGCGACCAAUGCAAGUUUCAUCGAGAACAUCUGGCUGGAAAGAGUGGUCAUUUCCCUCUAAUCUCGAAAAAAAUCUGUUUAGAAAAAGUCGCCUUAGCUAUUUUUGAGUAUAUUUGGACCCUUUCUUGGCUGGAUAUAGAUGAGAAUGUUUACCCAUCUGUUCGUGGCUUGCUUCUGACGUAUAGAGGCCAGAAAACAGACCGAUAUGACGACAGUUUCCGAACAGAUACCAUAAAAGACAAGCUUUUCCAAAAACCGUUGAUGUCUAAAGCCAUAGAAUUAUUUACUGGCCUCCCCGAAACUGACCAUCAAUGGGCCUGGGGGUUGUCGGCCGGAUGCAAAGCUGGUGUUUGCGCCUAUCUUCCGUCGCUAAAAAACCCAACAACUUCGCCGCCGGAACAGCUUCGCGUCAUUGUAGUUGCAGGCCACAUUGAGUGGAAUAGUAAAACAUUUUCAAUGGUCAAAGACGGACGGAGUGAAAUGGUCGAGGUAUCAUUGGGAGACCUCGCCUCAACUUUCGUCCAGACUUAUGGCCUCAAUGUGGACCUUAAGCUACGUGUGCAAGAGACCUUUACGUCGGAUGUUUUAGAGGCAGAUCUCUGGGUUUCAAGCAAACCAAUAGAGCCGUUGCAGCGCAUUUCAUACCACGAUGGCCAUAUAGUCGACCCCCCGCCUGCGUCUAGCUCACCUACCCGCAUACAAACUUUUGGCGCUGCGAAAAUAAGAGCAGCCAUUAUAUCUAGCAGAUUUACAUCUAGCUGCCACUCCGAGUCAGUAGAGACGAAUGCUCUCUCUAUUGAUGGACCGAUCUGCUGGUCCGGCCCUUGUUCUGAUGCCGCCAAAUAUCUGUGGGUUGAUGGCUACAAUAACAAAAGUUAUAGCCCUACAAAUGAAGAGUGGGCGCUGAUAUCUCAAAGCGAAUGUUGCCAAGAGAUAGUCCGGGGACCAUAUCAGCUGCUAUAUUCAGUCAUCUGCAGAAUGAAGGGAAAGGCCAAAAUCCGCUUAGGCUCUGCUACUUGUUUGAUGUGCUUAUUGGGAACACAUCGGAAUCUACGAGGUGUAGAGCAUAUCAGGAUUGUUAUUGGUCGUGGCAAUCACGGCCACAGCAGGUGGUCCUAUUCUCAUAUUCGCAAUCUAGAGCGUGUUACUGUACAUUCAUUCCUGGGUAGUAGACCUUCAUCGCAGGUCCUUCUCACUUCCGCAAAAUUUCCCUCUGGGAUGCCAACUAAACAGCCGCCCUUAGGGCCAGACAGUGCAGUUUCUGGGAUUAAUCAAGAAUCGAAUUCUGGUGUCGUCCCAGGUCGGCCAAUGCUUCUCGCUACGCCGCAAACUGCACAAUCGCCCUCUGAGCCAGAGAAUACAAUCUCCAGUAACAAUCAACAAUCGGAUUCCAGUGUCGCCCCAAGCCCGGCGACACUCCCUCCUACGUCACGACCUGCACAGCCGCCCUCAGAGUUAGGCCAUACAACUCCCGGCAUUGAUCAAAAAGAAUCGGAUUCUAGUGUCAUCCCAAGCCAGGAAAUAAAGGGCGGAAUACCUCACCGAGGACGGGACUUUAAGAGUCCCAAUCCAAGAGAAAUCCAAAGGGCUAGGAGUCUGUAAUCAAAUUCCCGAAGGGCGUGGCUGGGGGUUUAGGGGCGCGAGAGGGACUAUAUAUCCCGAGACGGAACGGCUCUAGGAGCAAUGCGGUUGGAGAUCGACCAGGACAAUAACUGGAAGGGGCGAGAGUAGAGUACUAUGACUAGGGAUAUAUAUUUUCUUUAUAGCUAUGAGCAUUACUUGAGCGGUCUCGAGGGCGGAGUUAAGGGAUUUCUGCGAAUUUAAGAAUUUGAUAAUUACAAUUUAAACUUUUAUAAUGGGA